AUGGGUGAAAGAAAUAGUGGCAACGACAAUCAUCGGGUACAGCCGCUUGUGCGAAGACGGCCCUCGACGGGGACUCGACAAAUUCAUUGUCAUCACCAGCCAUGGCUGUUGGCGGUGACCGUUGCGGUCUGCGUUUUGGUUUCUUCUGCGGAUGCCUUUCAGACACUCUCGAGUGCUCGAAUACUGCCAUCUGGAGGCUUGAGGACGGUGCCUUUCGCCUUUUGUCACUCCAAAAGAACCAACCGAGCAUCCUUCUUGAAUCUACUGCGAGAACCUCGAGUAGAUGAUGGACUCAGUGAUGAAAGCGUAGAACGGAUGGUUCUGGAAUCCGCCAGCGGCAGUGGCAAUAUCAGCUCAGAUGCAGCCACCACCACACCACCGGAAACUGAUCUUUCAUUGGAUUUGGCAACGACGACGGCGGCGCAAGAGCAACUCAUUUACAAGUCGGCCAUCUCUCGUACUCUGGCAUGGGUCGGAGCAGCGUCUCUGUUCGGAGCCUUUUUAUUGGUCGGGUUUGGACCUCAAACGAGCGAAGAGUUCUUUGCUGGAUACCUUGUGGAACAGAGUCUAUCCGUGGACAAUCUAUUCGUGUUUCUACUGCUAUUCGAGUACUUCAAGGUCCCACUCGAAAGUCAAGAUCGCAUCUUGAACUGGGGUAUCGUUGGAGCCAUUGUCAUGCGAGCUGCCAUGAUUGGAAUUGGCGCUGCGGCACUGCAAAAUUUCCACGAAAUCCUCUUGGUGUUUGCGGCUAUUCUGGUAUACAGCUCCGCAAAGGCGCUCAUCCCAGGAGACGAAGACGAAGAUGAGGAAGACCCCAGUGAGAAUGCCAUUGUCAAAUUCUCCCAAAACCUCAUGAAGUCGACGCAAGAAUUUGACGGAGACCGUUUCUUUACCAUGGUCGAUGGCGUCAAGAUGGCCACGCCAUUGUUCAUUUGUAUGAUUGCUGUGGAAAUCAGCGAUGUUGUCUUUGCCGUGGACAGUAUACCGGCGGUCUUUGGUGUCACAGAGAACCCCCUUGUGGUCUUCAGCUCCAAUAUGUUUGCUAUUAUGGGCCUUCGUAGUCUGUACACGAUCCUGUCCAAGGCAGCUGCAGAUCUCAAAUACCUAGAACCAGCAGUCGCUGUCGUGCUGGGAUUUAUUGGAUCGAAGAUGAUUGCAGAAUACUGCGGAUACCAAAUUCCGACGGAGAUUGCACUCGUCGUAGUCGCUGGAUUGUUGAGCACCGGGGUUGGGCUGUCAUUAUGGGAGAAAAAGCAAGAGGCAACUGCAGAGGAUCUGUCUUGA